AUGGGGAGCAACGAGCAGCGAAGUCACCGCAAGUCGCCCAGCUCGGCCAGCAACUGUUCGUCACCGUCUUCUUCGGUCGUGCAUGAGAAGCAUAAAGGCAAUAACGGCAACAAAGCCAAGUUGAUGGUGGAAAGUCCGAGCAAAGGGCACAAGAGACGCCAGUCACGCCACGGAAGAGGAGGAGCUGGUGGGGACACUGCUGGUGGGGGAAUCGGUGGUGAAGUGCCUGGCCCAGAUGGCGAGCAGGCCGGCAACGGCAACGAAGAUGAGCGUGGCCAACCCCGCCAGAAGAAGAAGAAGAACGACGCCAAUUCUAAGAGUCCGUCCGAGAGCGUCUCGAGCGAAAGCAGCUCACUGGAGGAUAAUGGCAUGGAUGGAUUGGACGGUGAAGUCGAUAAAGAUCUCGAACCGAGCGAAGCUCGUAGCGCUGGUUCUGGAUCCGCUGGCGGUGGCUCCCGAACCUCAUCUCCAGAAAUGCCGGCCGGCAAGAGCACCGAUGCAAAUGCGCCAGCCAUUGCCGAGCAAGUGGUUGCACCCAACGAGUCCUCGUCCGCCAAUCCUAUUGCUACUUUGAAAAACGCUUCUUCCGCCAUUUCUGCCUCAGCUACCAGUGCCAUGCUAGCCAAUGGAGUGGCAUCCAGCGAUGGGGCACCAGACGAAAAGGAGAGGAGCGACUCUCCUAGUCCCCUACUCACAUUGGCUGGCCCUCGCCCAGGAAGCUUCGAGGCCAUGAAACCCAACCAAUCCGAGGAUCUGCCACCCAUGGUCAAACUGGAACCGGAUUUCAACCCGGCCACCGCCGGUUCGACAGCGAACGAAGAUAUGAAAAGUCGUCCGGCAGCGCUGUUGUCGCCCACUUUAUUGCAAGACAAGGCAGUGACUCAUGGGGCUAUUUAUGGGGGCAACAAGAUACUCACGCCGGCCUGGCUGGGCAAAGAAGAGAGUCGCUCUCUUCGGGUUUCGGUGGCCCUUCCUCGCCCGAACUUCCGUCGCCUACCACGUCGUCCUCGGUCUGGUCUGCACUCGUCGCCUGUCAUGGUGCCGCCGGCUCAUUCCGGCUUCAUUCGACCCUACGCUCCGCUGGAAUCCACCUCAGCUAUGGUCGACGCGGUCCCUUAUUCGAUGGCCUCGGCCGCCCCUACGACGACAGCUAAUCAUCCGACUAUUGCUCCUGCAUUGGGACCGUUGAACCUGAACCCGUUGCCCAUGUCGGCCCCGCGUGACAUGCCCGAACAGAGCGACCCGCAAAACUUGAAAAUCAAACAGGAGAUGGUGGACCCGUCCGCAGUUUCGGCUUCUGCUUCACCGGCUGUUUCUGCUGCCUCGUUGCGGGACAUGUCUUCCAUUCCACGUGAUGGAUCAAUGCCAUCCGUGGGAAGUGGAUUUGCAUCUUAUCCCCCCAGCGUCCCAAUGGCCUCUCUGAUGGAGCCCAAGCGCGAACCUGGACUUGCUCAUCCGCACCCGACAGCCUCUCCUCGGCUGGAGAAAUCGUCGAGUGGGAGCGGCAAGAGUGAUUUGCGGUUUGACAAGCGGUCAAGUUUCCAGCAAGGGUGUCUUCAGUUUCUAUCACUUCUUUCUCUUCUGGCACUGAAACUUUGCCCAAAUAAUCUACGUCAUUUCCUGACAAACCGUCUUGCGACAUCGUCCUCAUCAUCUACAGAGACUUCGUCCUCUUCAUCUGCAGAUUUCACCCUCUUCUUCUACAGAGACUUCGUCCUCAUCAUCUACAGAGACUAA